CUGACUCCCUGACCUCAGUGAGAUUGUAGCCUGUCUGGGGAACAUGGGGAGCAUGGAGAAAGAGACAGGGGACCCCCUGGCUGCAGCAGACUGACAGAAUAGGCAACCGUGGCAGGAGAGUUGGAUAGCAGAGUAAUGUUUGACCUCUGGAAACAUCACUUACAGGACCGCCUGUCAAAAUUCACUAGGUAGGAGGGUCAUCAUCUGGGAAGAACCAGCGCCUGGGGGGGACCUGGCUGGAUAGGUAUGGGGGACCCAGGCCAGUCCCCUAGUCCCCGACCCCCCCAUGGCAGUCCCCCAACUCUAAGCACUCUCACUCUCCUGCUGCUCCUCUGUGGACAUGCUCAUUCUCAGUGCAAGAUCCUCCGCUGCAAUGCUGAAUAUGUAUCAUCCACCCUAAGCCUUAGAGGUGGGGGUUCACCAGGAGCCCUUCGAGGAGGAGGCCGGGGUGGAGGGGUGGGCUCCAGCGGCUUCUGCCGAGCCCUCCGCUCCUACGCGCUCUGCACUCGCCGGACUGCCCGCACCUGCCGUGGGGACCUGGCCUUCCACUCAGCGGUGCACGGAAUAGAAGACCUAAUGAUCCAGCACAACUGCUCCCGCCAGGGCCCUACGGCCCCUCCUCCACCCCGGGGCCCCGCCCUUCCAGGCGCUGGCCCUGGCCCCCCAGCCCCAGACCCCUGUGACUAUGAAGGCCGGUUUUCGCGGCUGCACGGCCGUCCCCCGGGCUUCUUGCAUUGCGCCUCCUUUGGAGACCCCCACGUGCGCAGCUUCCACCACCACUUUCACACGUGCCGUGUCCAAGGAGCUUGGCCCCUGCUGGAUAAUGACUUCCUUUUUGUUCAGGCCACCAGCUCCCCCGUGGCAUCGGGGGCCAACGCUACCACCACACGGAAGCUUACCAUCAUAUUUAAGAACAUGCAGGAAUGCAUUGAUCAGAAGGUCUAUCAGGCUGAGGUGGACAAUCUUCCUGCAGCCUUUGAAGAUGGUUCUAUCAAUGGAGGUGUCCGGCCUGGGGGCUCAAGUUUGUCCAUUCAAACUGCCAACCCUGGGAGCCAUGUGGAGAUCCGAGCUGCCUAUAUUGGCACAACAAUAAUCAUUCGGCAGACAGCUGGGCAGCUUUCCUUCUCCAUCAAGGUAGCAGAAGAUGUGGCCAGGGCCUUCUCAGCUGAACAGGACCUGCAGCUCUGUGUUGGAGGGUGCCCUCCAAGUCAGAGACUCUCUCGCUUAGAGCGCAACCGCCGGCGAGCAAUAACUGUAGAUACUGCCAGACAGCUGUGCAAGGAAGGGCUUCCAGUUGAAGAUGCUUACUUCCAAUCUUGUGUCUUUGAUGUUUCCAUCUCUGGUGACCCCAACUUUACUGUGACGGCUCAGGCAGCUCUGGAGGAUGCUCGAGCCUUCCUGCCAGACUUAGAGAAGCUGCAUCUUUUCCCCUCAGAUGCAGGGGCUCCUCUCUCCCCAGCAACCUUCCUAACCUCAUUUCUUUCAGGACUCUUUGUUCUGUGGUUUUGCAUUCAGUAAGUAGGCCAGCAAUCCCAUGACUAGUUUAGAAAUUAUUUGGGAAUAAAUGUUGUCAUGGAAUAACACAAAGAAUUGCUGAAGGAAACAGUGGGGACUAGGAGAUACAUGGAACAGUGACAUUUAUCCAGUCAGAUGAAGCUCCAGUGAGGCUGACAUGAUCACAGAAUAAGGAUUUUUGGCAAGGUUGUUGCAUUUCAGAUCUCUGUAGGGGCUCCUCACCAUUUUUCCCAGUCCCACUUAGAGUAAGCAGAUUAUUCCAAUCCAUCUACUCAUGAGAUCACUCCUAUAAGCUUAGACAUUAUGGGGGUGCUAAAGGCCAGUAAAGAAUUUAAAGGUUGAGAUUUCUAAGAGGCAAGAACUGAAAGAGAAAAACAUGACCAUUACCCAAAAGAAAUUCAAGAGAAAAUAUCUGAGGAAACUAUUCUAUUUAAUGAAUAUAUAUAUAUA